AUGGCUACGUCCUCUGAGCUCGCUUGCGUUUACGCUGCCCUUAUCCUGGCCGACGACGAUGUCGAGGUCACGGACGAGAAGAUCACCACUCUUCUGAAGACCGCUGGUGUCGAGUUCGAGCCCUACUGGCCCGGUCUCUUCGCCAAGGCUCUGGCCGGCAAGGACAUCAAGGACAUGCUGUCCAACGUUGGCUCUGCCUCUGCUGCCCCCGCCGCCGCCGCUGCCCCCGCUGCUGCUGCUGAGGAGAAGAAGGAGGAGAAGAAGGAGGAGUCCGAGGAUGAGGAUGAGGACAUGGAUGGUUUCUCCCUGUUCGAUUAAGCGCCUCUCCCCGCCUUUUCUUCCAAUCCACUAAAGCCGAC